UGAAUGAAAUAAUUUGAUAUACUUUUGAUUUUUGAUUUUCGUGCACCACUCAAAGAUUUUGUUGUGGUUAUUUCUGAGCUUUUGCCAUAACGGAAAUCAAGAUCAUUAUCAAUCAGGCUAUACCCUAAAAAUACCAAAUUCAUCAAUUGACUAUAAUUCAAUAUCAUGUCGGGUGAAGAAAGUCAAUUCAACGUCCAAGGUUACAAUAUUGUUACUAUUCUUAAAAGAUUAGAAGCUGCAACUUCUCGUCUUGAAGAUAUCACUAUCUUUCAAGAGGAUGCCUUUAAACAACAAGAUACCACAAAAGCUGUGGAUGGAGACGCUCCAAAUGCCAUUGCUGCCCCAGCUGGUGUUGCUUCAAGUUCAAGUAAGGCAAUUGAAGCUCCAGUUGUAGCUGAACCAAAAUCAAUUGUCGAAUUUAAUGAAUUUAUCAAGAGCCACGUUACCCCUUUUGUGGCCAGCUCCAAACAAAUUGAUCCAGUAGUUGGGAAAUCAGCUGAAUAUUUUGCAAAGGCAUUUGCUGAACAAUCGAGUUUCCUCAAAACUUCAACCAAAUCAAAGAAACCAGAUUUAAGUGAUCCUAACUUUGUUAAAGUCUUGACACCAAUCACUGAAAAUGUGACGAAAGUUAUUGAUAUAAAGGAUGCAAAUAGAAAAUCUCCAUACUUCAACCACUUGAAUUCUUUAGCCGAAGGUGCUGCAAUUGUUGGAUGGGUUGUUUCAGACACUCCAGUUUCUGCCAUUUCGGACUUUAAGGAUAGUACUAAAUUCUGGAGUGAUAGAGUUUCUAAAGAAUAUAAGGAUAAAGAUCCACAACAUGCUGAAUGGGUUAAACAACUUUUAACUAUUUUUGAUGAUUUAAAAGUUUAUGUGAAGGAAUAUCAUACUACAGGUGUGAAAUGGAAUCCAUCUGGUGAACCUUUAGGUCAAGUCCUUGAACUGAGCUCAAAGGAAGUUGCACCUGCUCCUGUUGCGGGAGGUGCCCCACCUCCGCCACCACCUCCACCUCCUCCACCUCCAGCAUCUCUCUUCGAAGAUGACAAGAAACCAGCUGGUGGUAUUAAUGCAGUCUUUGCUGAUUUGAAUAAAGGAGAAGGAAUUACUUCUGGAUUGAAAAAAGUUGACAAGUCAGAAAUGACCCAUAAGAACCCAGCCUUAAGAGAAGCUGCUCCACUCGAAUCUAAGAAACCUUUUCUUCCAAAGAAGCCUGCCAGUUUAUCAACUACAGUCAAGAAGAAGCCAGCUAAGAAAGAGUUAGUAGAUGGAACCAAAUGGAUUAUCCAAAAUUAUGCAAAGACAGACAUUCCAAGUGGUCAACCAUUAGUUAUUGAUGUUGAAAUGCAUCAAUCAGUUUUCAUUGGUAAUGUUGAUGGUAUUACUAUUCAAUUGAAGGGUAAGGCUAACGCAAUCUCUAUUUCCGAAGCAAGUAAUGUGGGUGUGGUUUUAGACUCUUUAAUUUCCGGAGUAGAUAUUAUUAAAUCUUACAAAGUUGGCCUUCAAGUGAUUAAUAUCGCUCCAAUAAUCAGUGUUGAUAAAUCAGAUGAGGUUAACAUUUACUUAUCUAAGGAAUCCGUAGAAGCUGAAACUCAAAUUUUUACUAGUAGUACCACGGCUUUAAACGUGAAUGUACCAACCGAGGGUGAUUACGAAGAGCAUGCUGCACCAGAACAAUUCGUCCACUCCGUUAAGAAUGGAAAGUUAGUUAGUGAAGUAGUAGAACACAAGGGUUAGAUACCAUACUUUUCUAAUUUAUCAUCGUUUUCAAAAAUAUAUACAAUUAAGUUGCAAAUUACAAUCAUUAUCAAUGAUCCUGUAUGUAAUAGUUUAAUCUGCUUGAAAAAAAAAAAUUUUUUUUUUGGCGUUUUCUCAUAGAAUUCCAAAGAACAUUCUAAUAUUACCAAUAGUUAAUAAUAUCUCUCUCUUCUCACUAUCUGAUUUCUAAUAAUAAACCCAAGGUUUAAGUUAUUUAUUGUAUUCUAUCGCCCCUAAGGUUUUAUAAUACUAUUGAAUACUUUGUUUUGCUGAUACAUUGAUAAAUCACAAGUUUGUAAUCGUCAUAUCAAUAUGGUUAAAGAAACUAAAUUUUAUGAUCUUUUAGGAGUAUCACCAAGUGCUUCUGAUACUGAA